AUGAAUUUUGAGAAUAGCAGCUCACUGCUGGAUCCCAGCAAGCUGACUGUCAGCGAGAAUCUGACCCGGUUUACACAGGAAGUAGUUGAAAUGGAAUCAGAACCUCAGUUCCGGCAACCGCAGCUCAGAGAUGCUAUAAAAGGCCUGGUUCCACAGUGCUCCACAAUCCACUUGGCUUCUGACUGCUUCUCCUCGCUCAUGAAUUGGGUUGACCUGAAUCGUAGAAAGAUGCCUCACCAUCAGCAGCAGUGUAAACAGCCCUGCCAGCCACCUCCAGUGUGCCCUCCGCUGUGCCAGGAAACCUGCCCAACCCCCAAGUGCCCGGAGCCGUGUUCACCCAAGUGCCCGGAGCCGUGUUCACCCAAGUGCCCGGAGCCGUGUUCACCCAAGUGCCCGGAGCCGUGUUCACCCAAGUGCCCGGAGCCGUGUUCACCCAAGUGCCCGGAGCCGUGUUCACCCAAGUGCCCGGAGCCGUGUUCACCCAAGUGCCCGGAGCCGUGUCCAAAGCCAUGCCCAGAGCCCUGCCCGGAGCCCAAGUGCCCGGAGCCCAAGUGCCCGGAGCCCAAGUGCCCGGAGCCGUGUCCUCCACCCCACUGCCAGGAGAAGUGUCCUCCACCCCACUGCCAGGAGAAGUGUCCUCCACCCCACUGCCAGGAGAAGUGUCCUCCACCCCACUGCCAGGAGAAGUGUCCUCCACCCCACUGCCAGGAGAAGUGUCCUCCACCCCACUGCCAGGAGAAGUGUCCUCCACCCCACUGCCAGGAGAAGUGUCCUCCACCCAAGUGCCCGCCUACACAGAAGUAA